AUGGACGCCCGCACCUCCUCGGGACGCCAUCUCUGUGAGCUGAGAAGAAUGCCUUUGUGCCGGCGCCGUGGCUGCGUGCGGACAGAUGGAGGCACUGUGGUGGGUGAGCGCGAAGAUAUUACGCAACUACUGUUUCCCACUCGCUCGGACACAGCUCCUGCCAGUGCAAGUGCCAUAAGGACUGGUCUGUGCCGCCGCGGCCGCCAUGGCAAGCAGAGGAGGUGGUGGUUCCUUCCUCCUCCUCAAACGGAGGAGAAGGUGGUGCUGUGA